AUGCACAGUCCCACCCGAGGCCUGGGCAGGGUGAUGGUGUUCCUCGCGGCAGCCUUGGCGUCAGCUUCCUUCGCCGUCCCUGAGGGCUGAGGAGAGGAAGGUGUGCAGUACGGCCAGGUGGGAACGGACGUGACCCUGUUGUGCACCAGUGCCCAUGCCGGCUCGCUGGUGCAAUGGAGACGACAGAGGGCCAUGGCACUGCUGGAGGGCUUGGCCAUCCGUCAGGGAGCCCUGGUGCUGCCACAUGCCAGCCUGGCCACCACGGGGACCUACAGCUGCCACAACGAGGACGGCAGCCUCCUGCACGCCGUGUCCCUGCGGCUGGGGCACCUUCCGGGGGUCCCUUUUAUGUCCUGCAGAGCGUCUGACUAUGAGAACUUCUCCUGCUCCUGGACCUCCAGCCUGGAGACCUUCCUCCCCACCAGAUACAUCACCACCUAUAGGAAGAAAUCACUGACAGGAGAAGAGAAGCGGAGGAACAAGAGUGGGCACAUGGGGCUGUGCCUGCAGGAUCCAGCCCAUGCUGGUACCUGCACUGUUCACUGGUCGGAGUUCUGGAGCUCCUACCGGCUGAACAUCACUGAGGUGAACCCACUGGGCUCCAGCUUCCGCCUCCUGGACAUCACCAUGCGGGUCAUCAUUAAGCCAGACCCUCCAGAGGGCUUGGUGGUAGAGCCAGUCCCCCUAGCCCUGCGGCAGCUCUACGUAAGCUGGAAGUACCCAGCGUCCUGGCCCAAGGAGCCCCACUUCCAGCUCUGGUUUCGGCUCCAGUACCGCCCCAUCAUCCACCGCUCCUGGUCUGUGGUGGAGAUGGUGAACCUGUCUGAGGCGAUCAUGGAUGCCUUCGUGGGGCUGGAGCACGUGGUGCAAGUGAGCGCAAAGGAUUUCCUGGACGUGGAGAACUGGAGCGAGUGGAGCGCGGAGGCACAGGCCACACUGGUCAGAGACCCAGCCACCACGGCGAGUGAAGGAACCACUACAGACACCAGCCUGGAGAGCCUGGCGGAGGAGCCCUCGCAGGCUCCCAACCCUGAGCCUAUCAACCCCAGUGAUCCCCUGGAGAAGACGGCCAUCCUGGUCUUCCUUGGGAUCUUCGCCGCCUUCGUCCUGGCUGCUGUUCUCGUCAUCACCAUCCUCAUCUGGCUCCGAGUGAGGAAACACAGCAAAGACAAGACCAAACCCCACAACUUCCUGGUUGCUGCCACCCACUUGAAGACUCUGCCGAGGACCCAAAUCCUGCCAUGAGCCCCAGCCGACCUCACUCCGUGCACCCGCUCACCACGUAUGGGCCAUGACACCACUGUUGGCCCCAAGGGCCCCACGCUGCACAGCCUAGGACAUUGCCCCCAGCACCCUCGAGGUGCGGGAUGGACCCUAAGGACAGAGGCUGUGCUUCCAGGUGCUUUGGGCUGCCCAUGCCCGCCAGGAGCUGUCUGGAGACACCUCAGACUCAGGGCGACGAGCCAUGCUGAACACAUGGGGAUGGGGCACCGAGCCAGCCCCGCACCGCUGUGUCAUGCCACCUCGAGGGGGACCAUGCACACAGGCUCCCAAGGGUGCUGGGCAUCGCUGAGCCCCCUCCACCAGCCAUCUGAAGGCAGAAGGGACCCCCCCCCCCCCCCCGUGAUCCCAAUAAAUGGGGUAGCAUUGGCGCUGCCCAGGCAAGGCCCCGUCGCACCAGGUGCUGGGCAGGAGGGGAGCGAUGCCAGCGUGGGGACUGUCCUUGCAGGAGGCGCAGGGCUGGUCCCCAGCAGCCUCUCCCCAGGAUGCCAGGGGGCUG